AUGGCCAUCGUGGAGGAGCUGCGGGGGAGGUGCUUCUGGCGGGGGGUGCUGGCAGAGGCCUUGGCCACCCUCAUCUUUGUGGGGGUGGUGCUGGGCACCUCGGCAUCCCCCGAAGCCCUGGCACCAGCGCUGGCCGGGGGGCUGGUGGCCGGGGCGCUGGCUGUCACCCUUGGGGCACCCCAGGCCAACCCAGCGCUGACCCUGGCCCUGCUCUGCACCCACAAGCUGGGUGCCCUGCGCGGUGCCGCCGCGCUCCUGGCGCAGUGCUCCGGGGCCCUGCUGGCAGCCGCUGCCGCCCGCACGGCGCUGCCGGACGAUGCCAGCCUGGUCACCAGGGUGAGCGCCACGGGCACCGCAGGGCAGGCCCUCGCCUGGGAGACCUUUGCCACCUUCCAGCUGGCACUCGUUGCCUUUGCCACCUCUGACUGGGCGACCCCCCAGGCUGGGCUGGCCCUGGGCAGCGCGGUGGCUGCCGGUGCCCUGACCGCGGGGCCGUUCUCGGGGGGCAGCAUGAACCCCGCACGCUCCCUGGGGCCAGCCAUCGUCACUGGCAUCUGGGAUGACCACUGGGUGUACUGGCUGGGGCCGGUGCUGGGCGCGGUGCUGGCUGCGCUCUCCUAUGAGUUCAUCUUGGCUCCCGGUGCCUCCCGGGCGAAGCUCGGUGCCUGCCUCUCCUGCCGGGACGUGGCGCUGGUGGAGACCACCACCCCAUCCCCCUCCUCACCCUCCACCCUCGCCCCCUCGGCCCCCCCAGCCGAUCGGGGCCAGGACGUGGUUUGA